UCAGUGUUGGAAAGAGCGGCUUGUCUAUUGGUAAUUUUUGUUUGUUGCGUGUUUAUCUUUUUGUGUAAAUCCGCGUUUUAUUGACUCCGUCCAUAAGUUUUAGUCAAAGAAUAUGUUUAGCUGCUAGGUGUAUAGUUAUAAGACUUAAUAUGAACUAUUACUUUGGUAUUAUCUGCCUAGCGGCCGUCCUAGGCUCAGCAUUGGCCCAGUACAAUCAACUGGAGCAGCGCAACUGUCUCAUACCGAAGAUCCUGCAGGGAUCAUGGUUUUCUUGGGAAACAGGUCUGCCCACCCAGACGGUAAUAGACGCCACCUCAAUGUCCCAGCGCGGGUACUGCAUCAACUACGAGCGUCACCACGGAAGCGAGUACUCAUUUGUCUUCAAGGAGCGCUCUAAGGACUGCUAUCAUUGCGUCAAGACCAUCAUUCGUACCCUUAACGUUUUUGAGAAGUUUGAGGGACCUUGCGUUGGGUUGCCGCCAGGUCAGGAGCCCACUGUGGAAAACGUCUGUUCCGGCAUUAAGGACGAUCAGCAGUUGAUCACACUCUUCAACGAAAACUUUGUGCCCAUCAACUGUCGGUCCUCACUGGAAGGAGUGUGGCACUUUACAUAUCAGAAUCGUUUCCGGUUUACUGGAGUCUGUGACAAGCCUGAUGCUCGCAUUCAAUCCUGCCAAACGGCGGGCACCCAGUUCCUCAUUCAGAACCAAAAGUUCAACAUCACUUAUCAGCGGUGCGAGGGCAUGGAAGGCACCUUUAGCGGCAACGUGGAGUUCAGCUGCCUCGGCGAUUGGUUUGUGGGCAAGAAUCACUACUUCGCAGUGGCCAAUACAAAGGAAUCGCGAAAGGAUGAGAAGUAUCGAUGCUUCCUAAAGAAUCGUGAUGAUGAUCUGUACGUGGGUGUGUCCAUUACGGCCGAGUGCAACACCUUGAAGACUCCGGAAACGUCACCGGAACGCCUUAAACUUACGCCUGUUAAAGCGGAAUUCGUAGAACCAGGCUGCACAUUGCCUCAAAACUUCUCUGGCGAAUGGGUCAACACCGCCAAUAUUGAUGCGGAUGUUUCCAUUAGUGAAACGCACAUUAACGAAACAUACUAUCCGGACAAAGCACGUUACCGUAAAACAAUUUAUGUUUGCCGGGAGCGUCGUGGUAAUCGGGUGAUGAUGGCUCGUCUGACCGUGGAUGGUUGCCAGAAGGAUUACGUGUGCUUCGAUUUCAUGCCCCGCCACCACAACAUCAUCCGGUAUCGCAAGGGAUUGGCCGUAAUUAAGGAUGACUUCAGCACGGUUUGCUCUUGGGUUCAGUUUCCCAAUUCCGAUGCGUGGAAGUACGAUCUUUUCUUGGCCAGAAAUCCUGUUCCGGUUCGGUGCCCUGUCGCGGGUAAAUUUAACUUUACCCAGCGAGGAGAACAUCCUUUCAAGACGAGAAUUCUUGGUGGUGUCACGUUGAGUCCUCGUCCAGACAUUCACUGCAAGCAGAACAUCUCUGAUUUAUCGGUUUGCGAUACGGAUCAAAAGGAGCUGGCGGUGGACGAAAACUACUGCCUGUCCGUGGACCAUUUGGGCCGGCCAGUUGAUAUCUACAGCGACCCCGAUUACCGCAUGAAGUGUAUUGGCUUCUGGAAGGAAAACCUCAAGUCCUACCUCAUCACCUACGACGAUCUGGAUCCGCUUUCAAAGUACCGCUGCUGGGUUUACCAGCGUGCCGACCUCAACCGCGUCCUCAUGUCGCAAGCUGUGGGCGCCUUCUGCAAACUGGAGCAGGAUGUAACCUCAUGGAAUCAUUCGGAGGGCGCUGCUGUAGCCAUCGAUGCAGUGGAGUACGAACGAGAGCGUGACGACUGUCCCAUGUACUUUGACGAUGGAUUGAACCCGUGGAAGCCAUCGGAUGCUUCCAACAUUGUCUUCGACUGGGACUUCUACCGAGCAGGAGCGUCGAGUCUCGAAGCGAAACUCACCAUCAUUGCCUUUUCCGCUUACAUGGUCCGGCGUUUAGCCGCGCACUAAGUUCAAAGUAUUUUUAAGUUAAAUCAUCCAACGAAAUUUAUAAAGCCCGUCCAUUUUUUCCGAGUGAGUCUCAGAAUAGUUGUGUGCCUUAAAAUGCAAAUUGUAGAAACUUUUAUCAAAUGUAUAUCAUAGUUUUUAAGCUGAUCGAGUUCGAACUUUUAAAUGUUAACAGCCAUCCCGUCCCAAACGACUCUCAAUGUUUAUUUUAAAUUCAAAUAAAUAAAUAUACAAUAUACAAUUUA